GCCUCCCUCUUGCGCGUGGCUCAGACGUCAGGAGGAGCCCGAGCAGGCAGGAGGCAGCGCCCAUCCCUCAGCUGCCAGAGUGUUGGCGGCUGCCGGACGGGGCAGAGGAGGAGGAAGCGGCGUCCUGGGUUAGGCGAAGUCAAGCCAAGGAAGCAGGAAGGAGCGAAAGGCGGGGGGGGCGCACGCGCCAUGGCCGACGUCUUCCCAAAUCCCGAGCCCGGCUCGGGUCCCGACGCGGCGCAGCGCUUCGCCCGCAAAGGGGCCCUCCGGCAGAAGAACGUGCACGAGGUGAGGGACCACAAAUUCAUCGCCCGCUUCUUCAGGCAGCCCACCUUCUGCAGCCACUGCACCGACUUCAUCUGGGGGUUUGGGAAACAAGGAUUUCAGUGCCAAGUUUGCUGCUUUGUGGUUCACAAGAGGUGCCAUGAAUUUGUUACCUUUUCUUGUCCUGGGGCAGACAAGGGACCGGAUACUGACGAUCCCAGAAGCAAGCACAAGUUCAAAAUCCACACGUAUGGUAGCCCAACAUUUUGUGACCAUUGUGGGUCAUUGCUUUAUGGACUUCUACACCAAGGGAUGAAAUGUGACACCUGUGAUAUGAAUGUUCACAAGCAAUGUGUAAUAAAUGUACCAAGUCUUUGUGGAAUGGAUCACACAGAAAAAAGAGGAAGGAUCUAUUUGAAGGCUGAAGUGACUGGUGACAAGCUAGGAGUUACAGUACGAGAAGCAAGAAAUCUGAUUCCUAUGGAUCCAAAUGGACUUUCAGAUCCCUAUGUGAAGCUGAAACUUAUUCCAGAUCCUAAGAAUGAGAGUAAACAAAAAACCAAAACAAUCCGCUCCACACUUAAUCCACAUUGGCAUGAGACAUUCACAUUUAAAUUAAAGCCUACAGACAAAGAUAGAAGAUUAUCCGUGGAAGUCUGGGAUUGGGAUCGGACAACUAGGAAUGAUUUCAUGGGCUCUCUUUCUUUUGGGGUGUCAGAACUCAUGAAAUCACCAGCAUGUGGAUGGUACAAACUACUUAACCAGGAAGAAGGCGAGUAUUACAAUGUUCCAAUACCAGAAGCAGAUGAUGAUGGUAAUGUAGAACUGAGGCAGAAGUUUGAGGGUAAAAGAAAGGUCCAAGAUAAGAAAGCCAAACUUGGACCUUCAGCUAACAAAGUCAUAACUCCGAUUGAAGAUCGGAGCUGUAAUUUACCAUCCAAUAACCUUGAUCAGGUUAAGCUGACAGAUUUCAACUUUCUCAUGGUGCUUGGAAAAGGGAGCUUUGGGAAGGUGAUGCUGGCAGAACGGAAGGGAACGGAAGAACUAUAUGCAGUCAAAAUAUUGAAAAAAGAUGUGGUGAUUCAGGAUGAUGAUGUAGAGUGUACCAUGGUUGAAAAGAGAGUUCUAGCCUUGCCGGAAAAGCCUGCUUUCCUGACGCAGCUUCAUUCUUGCUUCCAUACUGUGGAUCGCCUGUACUUUGUCAUGGAGUAUGUGAAUGGUGGUGACCUCAUGUAUCAUAUUCAGCAAGUUGGAAAAUUUAAGGAGCCUCAAGCAGUUUUCUAUGCAGCUGAGAUCUCAGUGGGGCUUUUCUUUCUGCAUAAAAAAGGAAUCGUUUAUCGGGAUCUAAAAUUAGAUAAUGUAAUGCUGGAUCAUGAAGGGCACAUUAAGAUUGCAGAUUUUGGGAUGUGCAAGGAGAAUAUGAGUGAUGCAGUAACGACAAGGACCUUCUGUGGGACUCCCGAUUACAUUGCACCUGAGAUUAUUGCCUAUCAGCCAUAUGGAAAGUCAGUGGACUGGUGGGCCUAUGGUGUACUGUUAUAUGAGAUGCUAGCUGGUCAGCCUCCGUUUGAUGGUGAGGAUGAAGAUGAGCUCUUUCAAUCAAUAAUGGAACACAAUGUUUCUUACCCCAAAGCAAUGUCCAAAGAAGCUGUGUCCAUUUGCAAGGGGUUAAUGACUAAACAUCCUGCAAAACGUCUUGGCUGUGGGCCUGAGGGGGAGAGAGACAUCCAAGAACAUGCCUUCUUUAGGAGAAUUGACUGGGAGAAACUGGAAAACCAAGAGAUCCAGCCUCCAUUCAAACCAAAAGUAUGUGGCAAGGGUGCCGAAAACUUUGACAAGUUCUUUACCAGAGGACAGCCAGUGUUAACACCACCUGAUCAGCUGGUCAUUUCUAACAUAGAUCAAACAGAUUUUGAAGGGUUCUCCUAUGUCAACCCAGAGUUUGUACAUCCCAUGUUGAGGAGCGUAGUAUGAAGAUGACAGAUACAAAGAAACCACACAAAGAAAAAAUUGUGCUUAGCCCUGGCGUUUUUAGAUCUUUGCCUUGUUGAUUCCAUUUGGGUCUGAAAAUUGUAGGGGUAAGAAAUGAGGAAAGAGACCAAGGUUUACAGCAAAGAAUGUGUGAUCUUAGGAAAUCGCCACAUAUACUACCCAUUGUAUUCAUCUAGGAAUUACUGCUGCUUUUAGGUUACUCUUAUGAAGACACUUUUAUAACUUCUGUUGUCUCCCUUUGUAUCCUGCACCCUCUGGAAUUCUCUCCUUUAAAGGGUUAAUUAAGAGUAUCAUGUAGAUGUGGGAAAAUAAUCAUAAAAAUAAGUGGAUCUAAAAAUACUCCAUGUACAGCCUUGUGGGGCCAGCCCUUUGUUUGGUCAGCUUGGCGUCACAUGAUAGGAAGAAUGAUUGGCUGAUAAUAGGCCUGAAAAUGUAAAAUAAUUGGAAUGGCAAGGAAAUAGGAGCAAAUGAAAAUUGCUUCAAUGUUAAAAUUGAGCAGAUACCUCUUAAAGCAAAUAAAUGAACAAAUCAGGUCCAUAAGAUCUUAAUUAAAGUACAGGCGGGCCCCGCUUAUACGGCAGGUUCUGUUCCGGACCCCCGCCAUAAAGCGGAACCCCAUUGAGUAUAAUGGGGUGCAUCGCGUGAAAAUGCCGCAAAAGCGGCUUUAAAACUGGGAAUGAAAGCUGCCGCAUUAGCGGAACGCCGGGAAGCGAAGCACCGGGAAGCGGAGCCCUACUGUAGAAGCAAAUAUAUAAAAUUCUCAGUAUGAAAUUGGGAAAAAAAUGAUAUGUAGGAUUAAUAUUAACUAAAACCUGUGAUGAACUUUCUCGAAGGUAAACUGCAUAAUACUAAUAUGUGUAUUAAUUUUAAUCUCCAUGAGAUUAUAUUGUGAUCCAGGGUGCCAUUUUUACUACUAAAUUUUCACCACUAAAGUUUAUAAUUAAGCCAGUUCUAAUACUGUUCUAAAAUGUUUCUUAACUUGACUCUGAAACAAACCUGCAAACUCCUAACUCCUCAAUUUAUACUUAUUUAUUUAGUAAACUUCAUGAUAGGAAAGUAUUUGUACAGUAAAUUAAUACAAGUGUAAAGUUCAGAGUCACUCCCUGCUUUUCCAAAGAUAAUUAAGGAUUUUUUUAAAAAAAAAUCAGUAUUUUAACAUGGUUUAAAAUCGCUGGAGCCACAGAAAAACAAAGAAUUAAAAAGCAACUGAAGAUGUUGUCUUCAGCUGCAGUUGUCCUAGUUGAGAUGUUGAAUACAUUUUUUGCAUAUGCAUCAUUCAAUGAAUUUUGCAUGUUUAAUAAUAAGCAUAAAGUGAAUCUGUAUUAUGGAUAAUUCUAUCAAAUAUGACGAUACACAUUUUUAUAAGACCCAGCUGUCUACAUUUGCAAAGGACUCUAUUAAGAUUUAUUUUAAUGUUUUAUUACUAGUUUUUGGUGUAUUUUUUAAGUUCUGCAUAAUGUUGAUAAUUUAGGGAAAUUGAUGAUUUAUUUUUACCUAGGUCUACUGCUAAAUUCUAAUAGCGACCUGCAGGCUUUCUACAAGACUCUGAUCACAGUUGAAAACACUGUUGUAACAGCUGCCCCCAGGCUGGUAAACAAAAUCUUUGUCAGUACACGUAGGGAAUUGCUUUUCCCACCCCACCCCAGGUUUUCCUUUACAGUGCUCUUCCACCAAAUCCUUAAAAUGCUUUUUGGUCUCUGGCAGUUUAAAGAGUAGCUUGAGGGUUUUAUGUUAAGGGAAAGAAGACUUGAACAGGAAACUUUGAGAAGAACUGGCUGCAUGCUCACAACAUGCUCAGUUUCUUUUUGAGAUGUGGCUGAAGCUGAGUGGUUAUUGGAAAAUGAAAUGGACUGCCUUCAGGUCGGUUCCGACUUAUGGCAACCCUAUGAAUAGGGUUUUCAUGGUAAGCAGUAUUCAGAGAGGGUUUACCAUUGCCUUCCUCUGAGGCUGGGAGGUAGUGACUGGCCCAAAGUCACCCAGUGAGCUUCAUGGCAGUGUGUGGAUUCGAACCCUGGUCUCCUAGGUCAGUGCUGUAAUUAACAGAUGCUUCCAGCUCCCCUGUUUUAAACUGCUUAUGUUCCCUCCUCAAUUUUUUUCCUAGAAUAUGGUGAUUUUUAAAAUCAGUACAUACUUUAUUUGCACUUUUGAAAUAUAAUAUGGUACACUUUUCCCUUUGUUUAACAUUCACCUUGCAAACCUAGAUGCAUGACAGUGACAGAAUCUUGUCAUGUCUUUUCCUGCAUAGAAGGCAAUCUGCCUACUGUUUUGGCAGAAAGGUGCUCUCUAGAAGUGAGAUAUGUGCUACCAAAUUACUGUAAAGAGGAAAAGAGAGGUUUCCAAUUUUAUUAAAAUAUUAUUUCUACAUUACAGUCCUAAACCGUGCCAAAAUAUUUCAUCUGCCCUCUCUUGAAAACUCUUGCUGAGCAGAAGGUAACUUCAAACAUAGUGUUUUAACUUCAUGUGAGUUCACUGAUGUUGGGAAAACACAUACAAUUAUGGUAUGUGUGACUGUAACGCACGUCUAUUUUGCCUCAUGGGAACCCUCUGAAGAUCAUAGCUUUCCAAGAGGUGUUUCUGCGCAAGAUGCCAUUAUUCAGAUAUCAGUGUGUGCAUGUUUUCCACUGCACCAGUAUGGAAAAGGCAUUUGUGAUAUGGUCCAAAUACUGAACAUCAACUAUAACUUCACACAGACUGGGAGAGGUUUCACAGGGGUCUCUGUAUUAGGCAAAAUUCUGUUUAAGAAGGACAUUGCAGCCCAGGUUAUUAAAGAUGUCUCUCCAUAUAGAUAACUUUGGGCAGACUUCAUGCUUAGCUGAGAAAUAAUCAUAACUUCUAGGCAGAACUGAAGAUAAUAGAAGUGCUUUCAGCCAACAUAUUUACUUCAGGGACAGUGAUACCCCACCAUCAGUUAAGUGGGACUAUUUUAUGUGGUUUUCAUAAUUUUUAAACUAGUUAUACCCUGUGGUACACCUUGUAGAAAUAUUUAUGCAUUUUUGCCACACUUUAUUAAUAUUUUCUUGCUGCCCUAUUUAGCACUUACAUUGGCAUGUUCCUUGCCGCAGUUCCCAUUUUCCCUGACUCAAAUGAUCACAGAUGAGCUAAUAGACAAGCUAAUGUGCUGGCACUUCUGGUCAGUAGUUAAUGGUUCAGUGAAGGCUGCAGUCCUAUAUAUACAAACCUUCCCCAACCUGGUGCACUCCAGAUAGAUGGAGCUGUAGUUGCUAUACACACUUGCCUAGGAGUAAUUUUCAUUAAAGCCAUGCUCAAGAUUAAAUUAAAUUUUGACCAGACAUGUAUAGGAUUGUACUCUUCAAUCUAGAUUUAUCGGCUGAGAAGCAACCAAGUAUGUGUUAAUAUUCUUGGUGUAAAUCCCUGUGAAGAAGGGACAACAGGAGAUCCUUGUGCCACCAAGUAAGCAUGUCAUUUGAAAGCUGUAACAAAGAACCAGUACUGUGAAUAAGAAGAGGCAUGUAAAGCUCUAACUAUGGUCAGUGGAGGUGGACCAUUGUUACACAUAAGAACAUUAAAAACAAUCAGAUGUUGGUAUCGUUAUAACUAUAUCUUACAAAAAAGGUAGUCAGCUAAACAUUUCUUUCAUAUUUGCCUUGUUUCCUAAACAGUUCAGAAAAGCAGUUGUCACAGUUUUAGAGAAAGUAUAUUUUAUCAUAAUUGACCAGAUAAUUUUUUUAAUUCUCAGGCUGAAUGCUUGGUGGUGUAUCUGUAACUGACACAGCCUAGCUAGCAAAAUUAACUUUCAUUUAAAAAACAAGCACUAGUGCCCCAUUUACUCAGCACAUUGGGGUGAGGGAACAUAAUAUACUCAGUGAUUUUAUUUUGGGGAUUAAAUUGAAGCUCAAAAACUGCCCAUCAACAUUCUGAGAAGGAAAAUGUUCUUUUAACAGAGAAUCGCCACUUUCUGCACCCUUAAACACAGGCAUAGUCAUACCCAUUCUAGUUGGAUUUCAGUAUAUGUGUUGGAAUAAUAAUAAUAAUAAUAAUAAUAAUAAUAAUAAUAAUAAUAAUAAUAAUAAUUAGUUAUUAUGGUGCCAAUAAUGUAUAUUGUACUUUACAGAGUAACAUAGAAGAAGACAUGCCUCUACCCUGAGGAGCUUACAGUCUAAAACCUGAGAUGGAAGAGUGGUUUCCUUGUAGGAAAUGACUUAUAGUUCAGUGAUAGAUCACAUGCUUUUUGUCUGUACAAAGCACCAGGUUCAAUUUCUGACAUCUCCAGUGAAAAAAUAUAAGUUGAUGGGAAAACCUCUCCCUGCCCAAAGCCCCAGAGAGCUCCUGCCAGUCAAAGUUGAAAUGCUGGGUUAAAUAGUAAAAUAUUCUCACCAGGCACCUUCCUAUGUUCCUUGGGCUCUGAAUGGUAGAUAAUGUGGAGUUGUUGACAUGAGCAAUAGAGCAAGGGAAUACAAAAAUAAUUCUAAAACAAUUAUCCAAGAAAAGCAACGGGAGGGGGGGGAGGCCAAUAAGUGAUGAUGAUGACAGAAACUUAAAUUUGUAUCACUUAUAUGGAAAUGUUUCUGGGUGCUGUUUCUGUUGUUCAGUGUGCAUAAAGCAGCUUAAAAUACAGGUUGGAGCACUGAGCUACAAAAGACAGUAAUUUGAAUUUGAGUUUUCCUUCUCCAGCAGGCAAACAUAGUAGCACUUUGAUAAGCACUUUUGCUUACUCUAGAAGUUGCCUAUUCAAUAGAAGUCAGUAGUAUGUGUUUUUGCUCUUUUACAUCCUGGCAUUGGGCUAAGGUGGUGUGCUCAAUGCCAGUGAAAGUAAGCAAUUUUUUUAUCUUUUAUAUAACAGGAAGUUACCAGUUACACAAAAACACAGACUUCUUUUAGCAAAGUGACAGGCAUUAAGAGGGUGCUGCUGGAAUUUAACAGAAGGUAUUUGGUAGCAGGUUUUUUUAAACAAACUAGUUUCCCCUAUAAUCCCUGACAGCAGACAUUCCUUAACUAAGACCAGCUUUCGACACUUGUACAUCUGAUGCAAAAUAUUAAAAUGGCACCAGCCUGAACACACCAGUUGCUGAAAGAGAGAACCCAUAAUAGCUGCACUCCUAUUUCUAACUAUGGAAAUAUAAAUGCAUACCUAAGAAGCCACUGUCCUCUGAAACUCAACAUUUCAUUUUAAUGUACACUCAACAAACACAGGAGACAUGUCAGUUUAAUAGUCUUUUAUUGACCUUGAGAGUUAAGAUUGUAUAUCAACAAUUUUAAUAAGCAGCCUAUCCACAGAACAGAGUUCUUCUCCAACUUUUUGGAACUAUUUUUGCAAUAUGGGACAAAUGGAAGAUAAAACAUACUUUGUAGGAAUAUGAAGUAAAAGGUUGCUAACGCUGAUGUAACUUACUAUUUUUUAUAUAUUCAAGACACCAUCCAGUCUUUUUUGUUUGCUCGUUUUGUUUUGUAUCCUUCCCACCCAUUCUCCACAUUAGCAGUGUCAGAGUUGUGGCCACAGGACAGCUACAUGUGCUGAUGGAGCAUAUCAGGGACCAGUUGAAUUGGGCCCUCAGCGUUUAUUGGCUCAUACAAUCACAUUCAGUUAUCAAAAUGCAAGUGAUUCCCUGUCAGCCAAAUUCAAGACAGGUAUGCCAACAUAGUAAGGGAAACAUGUUUAUAGUGUUCAGUUUACAGCGUUUAUGGCCACUAAAGAAUUGUUUUUUUUAAUCAUGUCAUUUGUGAUCUUUGUUGCGUAAGUCAUUAGAAUUUAAUUAUUAUCACUGCUUUUUAAAAUCUCAUUGCAUCUGUGAAAUGUGUCAGAUAUUAAGAAUUCAGUUAUAGCAAUGUUCUGUUCAAACAAAAAUGUUUUCUUGUGAUACAGUAAAAUGCAAAAUCUAUCCAUGCCAACAAAAUGCAUCGGAAAUGUUUAAAGAAAAUUGACAAUGAUCUAGCAUUGGUGAUUAUGUACGACUUCAUAUUUUCAACUAAUAAUUGUGCCAGUGAAGUUUGGCAUUUAUACAACCUUAUAGUGACUAUGUAAGCAUGCACUAAAGCCCUCAUGUUCAUAUGAAAAUCUUUAGUAGAAAGGGGCAGGUAUAAUGUUCUCAAAGUUGUAUCACAGGUGUGGAAAGUAAGAAUAGUGGAUGUGUUUCUCAGCUCUGCCAAUGACUCCCUUGGUGGCCUUGGGCAUGGUACUAAACCUUUCUGCCUCAGUUUCCCCAACUGUAAAAUGGGGGUAAUAAUACAUGCCUCACAGGCUACUGUGAGAACUGUUCAGUUGUUCCUGAUGCACUUCUAGUGUGAAAAAAUCUAUUAUAAGUAUUACACUUUUUAAUAUGGAAUCAAUUUAUUCAAUUUACAUGGUUUGCUGAAUAUGCCAUGCUAUUUAUACUUUUUAUACAACUGUAAUAGUACUGUUGGGAAAACAAAUAUCACACUUAUCGUAAUAUACUUCUUACAGGUUAUGGAGUACAGCUUAGGUCUUGCCAAGCAAAGUCCUAUAUAGUACUGCAAAGUGCUGCUUUUGCAAAAUCAUGUAGACACAGUUUUCCUAUUACUGAGAUUCAGAUUCUGCAUAAAUAGAGCAUCAUUGAUUAUUUUAGGACAAAAUGUUAAAGAAAUUUGACAUCAUAGAUAUUUUCUAUUAAUGUACAAUAAAGCACCAGAAAAGAAAAAUUACCCUUUUGAAAGCAGCUAAUUCCAUCAGCAAAAAUACCUUUCAGCUGCUAAUUCAUUUUAUCUCUGAGACUUGCUGGCCUCUUCCUACAAUUGGUCAUUAUGACUAUAUGUAGAAGAAGUUUGAUGUUUAUCAGUGGCUGACAUGAAGAAAAGGAUACUUGCAAAAAUGAUAUCAGAUCAUGCAGCAGGCCGCGGUCUGAUUCCAUCAGAUUCAUCUUUUGUACCAAAUCUGACUUUCAAAGCUCACAUAUUCCACUGGGAAUUUCUCCUAUGCAAACCCCAUUGAAACCUAUGUGGAAUAUGAUACAUUGGUCAAGAUUAUGCAAAGCACUUGAGUCCACCCAUUUCCAUCAAAGGCUAAAAAUUCACGCCUCUUCAAUGUCCUUGAGUGCCCCCCAGGAUUUUCAGUGCAAAGCAGGCCUUGCCACUGAGAUUUCCAUUUAUUUAUUGGCAUCCCUUUAACUUUACCUUCCAUUAAAUUGAAUUGGGAAGCCCUUGCAAUAGAGACAACUAUGUGUGUUCCAUCCAAGCACUUACAAGUACAUCUGUACCCAUCAGAAAUUGCUGGGCCAGAAUCAAUGGAUGUAACUCUGAUGGAAUUUACUUGAUCUGAAUAUGCAUAUAUUUGCGAGAUGUAAAGUUUCCGGCCUAGGGUUUCAAUGGUUAUUUCCUUUUGUAUUGUAUACUGAAUACUAUGGCUGCUCUCCAAAUAAGUAACAGAGUAGACCCCUUGAAAUCAAUUGAUAAGCCUACUCUGACUUUUACUUUGUUGGAUAUCAUCCCUUAAACUAUUAAUCAAAAAUAACUUUCAGAGCUAUUCCAUUCUUUUUAUUACUUAACAAAUGCAAGCCAGUCUUAACAAAAUAAAAUGUGAUUUUUAAAAUUUUUAUUUUUUCUUAAUGUAAAGCCUAAAAUAUGCAGGUCACACACUAUGGUCAGGUUGCAGCCCUGAAACUAAGACCUUCUGCCAUGCGUAAAUGAGAUAUUUUACAUCACGGUAUUUGCUGUGUAAACUUUUUUCUUUUCUGUUAAGAAAUGCCAGAAUCAAUAAAAUGUUAGCUUUCCUGUAUUAUACUACUCUGAGGCUCAACAUUUCUAUAUAGAAGAGAGGAGAAUGUUUUCUAAUUAUUUAAUAAUUAUAAGGUACUGUAGGGGUAAUGGAGAAGCCAUUUAUUUACAGGGGAAAGUCUAAAAAAAUAAUAGGCAAGAUUAAUGUACAAAUUGAUGCACUUCCCCCCUCCCCUCUAUCUUAAUGUUUAAUCUUUGUUUGCAUGACAUUUUCUUUUGUUAAAUAUUAAUGGUAGUUUGAAAGCAAGUGAAUAUAAAUAAAGAUACUGAUAAUUA